ACGCGCGCCGAUGCGUUUGCGCGCAGCCAUAAUAAAUCUCGCUCACUCGCGUAAUAGUGUGCGCAAAAAAAAACAUGGGAAAGAGAAACCCUGGAAGAGAACACACAUCGGGAUGGCAGCUGAUUAGCGGUGGCGCAUCCUAAGGCACGCGACUGGGCGCUGCUGUCUCGGUGCGUCUCAAAAGUCCGACCGGCCGGCCGACUUGUCCGUGAUCUGCCACCACCACCAUGAAAGUCCACUGUCCGGUGUCACACCACACACCGAUAAGUAGCACGGUGAAAACGAGAAAUCGUGACAGAACGGGCCUCAGACGUGGUCGAGCUACCGGAGGACACGGUGCGUGUGUGUUUCUGUCCAGCAGCAGCAGUUGAGCAUCUGAAAUAGCGAAAGCUGAUACACGACAGUGGAUGGCGGCUACACACAACCGGAACAGUGUAUCGGAUCAGCAGCAGCAGGCCGAGUUGAAGAUGAACGGCCACCGGGAAUCGACGCUGAAGGGAACUCCGCUCAGUGCGGACGAUGAGUGGACCAUUCUGGAGCGAGUGUUCCGUGUGCUGGUCGACGAGGGUUACCUCGGUCCCGGCACACACGAGCAGCCAGUGGUGACGUUCGAAUAUCCGGACGACCUAAAGAAGCUAAUUCACUUCCCGAUGGAUGAGCAGACACCGUGCAGUGCAGCGACGGUGGAACGCAUCGUGCGCCUAGUGUUGCAGUAUUCCGUCCGCACCGGUCACAAUCAUUUCCACAAUCAACUGUUUGCCGGCGUCGAUCCGUACGGGUUGACUGGGAGCUGGAUUACGGAGGCCCUCAACACUAGCCAAUACACAUUCGAGGUCGGACCAACGUUUACGCUGAUCGAGGAUGCGGUCAUCGAGAAAUGCUUGCGACUGUUCGAGUUCGGCGAGGGCGAUGGAAUCCUUUGCCCGGGAGGUUCCAUGUCCAACAUGUACGCAAUGGUUGCGGCCCGCUAUCGCACCGUACCGGAUGUGAAGCGUACGGGAGUGGCGAAUCUGGCACAGCCGUUGGUUGUCUUCACUUCGGAGGAUGCUCACUACAGCAUUACCAAGGGUGUUCACUGGCUCGGGAUUGGAUUGAACAAUCUGAUCCGGGUGAAGACCGACCACCGAGGACGCAUGAUACCGGACGAGCUGGAGCUAGCCAUCAGGGAGGUACUCGAUUCGGGGCGCAAACCAUUCUUCGUCAAUGCAACGGCCGGCACAACGGUGCUCGGUGCGUUCGAUGACUUCAAUCUCAUCGCGGACGUUUGCGACCGGUACGGCAUAUGGUUGCACGUGGACGCAUGCCUCGGCGGUACCGCUAUCCUGUCCCGGCGCCACAAGCCGCUGCUCAGUGGCAUCGGCCGUGCGCAAUCGCUUGCCUGGAACCCGCACAAAACGCUCGGAGCUCCACUGCAGUGUUCGGUUUUCCUGAUCAAGGAGCGGGGCCUGCUGCACGAGUGUAAUGCCGCCAAAGCGGACUAUCUCUUCCAGCAGGACAAAUUCUACGACAUCUCGUACGACACGGGCGACAAGAGUGUGCAGUGUGGUCGGAAGGUGGAUGCGUUCAAAUUUUGGCUCAUGUACAAGGCGCGCGGUUCCGAUGGGCUUGAGGCGCUCGUCGACAAUGCGUUCGAUUGUGCCGACUGGCUGCACGCCCAGCUGCUUCAGCGGGUCGGUUUCCGGACGGUGCUGGAGCAGUUUCAGUACACGAACAUAAGCUUCUGGUAUGUGCCUACGUGGAUGCGUGUGGCCACACCGGACCAGGAGACGGCCGACUGGUGGCAACGGCUGUACAGCGUUACGGCGGACAUUAAGGAGCGGAUGGUGAAGCGGGGCACGGUGCUGGUUGGUUACGUGCCGCUGCUUCAUAAGGGGAUCGGCAAUUUCUUCCGCAUGGUGGUAACGUGUCAUCCGCGACCGACCCGUGCCACGAUGCAGUACAUCAUCGACGAGAUUGAGCGUGUGGGAGAGGAGUUGAAGCCGCAACAAAAUGGGGUGGUCAGCUUCUCAACGAGGUGCUAAAUACACAAUUCUGGCUUAGCAUUUACUGAUUGCAUUACAAAUCUGCCCGUUUACAAACAAAUGGCGCCUCUUAAAAUUAUAAGCUUAUUAAAACCAGUUCGAUGAAGAAAAAAAAACUUUCCAAAA